AUUAUAAAGCCUGAAGUUUCUCUGUCUCUUUCCACCUUCAGCCAUUUUGACAAUGUUAGGAGCUGUGGGACGCUGCUGCACCGGGGCUUUGCAGGCUCUGAAGCCUGGAGUCCAGCCCUUGAAGGCUCUUGUUGGAUCUCCUGCUGUCCUUUCACGUAGAGACUAUGUCGCACCUGCCGCCGCUGCCAGCACCGCCAACGGACGCAUUGUGGCUGUCAUUGGUGCCGUUGUCGAUGUCCAGUUCGAUGAGGGUCUCCCUCCCAUUCUCAACGCCCUGGAGGUGGCAGGCCGUGAAUCCAGGCUAGUCCUGGAGGUGGCACAGCAUCUCGGGGAGAACACAGUGCGUACCAUUGCUAUGGAUGGUACCGAGGGGCUGGUCCGUGGACAGAAGGUUCUGGACACCGGUGCCCCCAUCAGAAUUCCAGUGGGUCCCGAGACCCUGGGCAGGAUUAUGAAUGUCAUUGGGGAGCCUAUUGAUGAGAGGGGUCCCAUCUCCACCAAACAGACUGCACCUAUCCAUGCAGAGGCUCCUGAAUUCACUGACAUGAGUGUGGAACAGGAGAUUCUGGUUACUGGCAUUAAGGUCGUGGACCUGCUGGCUCCCUAUGCCAAGGGAGGAAAGAUCGGUCUGUUUGGUGGUGCCGGUGUAGGCAAGACUGUGUUGAUCAUGGAGCUGAUCAACAAUGUGGCCAAGGCCCAUGGUGGUUACUCUGUGUUUGCUGGUGUGGGAGAGCGUACCCGUGAGGGAAAUGACUUGUACCAUGAAAUGAUUGAGUCUGGUGUGAUCAACCUGAAGGAUACCACCUCCAAGGUGGCACUGGUGUACGGACAGAUGAACGAGCCCCCCGGUGCCCGUGCCAGAGUUGCUCUGACUGGAUUGACUGUGGCUGAAUAUUUCCGUGACCAGGAGGGUCAGGAUGUGCUGCUCUUCAUUGACAACAUCUUCCGCUUCACACAGGCUGGCUCUGAGGUGUCUGCUCUGCUGGGUCGUAUUCCCUCUGCUGUGGGUUACCAGCCCACUCUGGCCACUGACAUGGGUACCAUGCAGGAGAGAAUCACCACCACCAAGAAGGGUUCAAUCACAUCUGUGCAGGCCAUUUAUGUGCCUGCUGAUGAUUUGACUGACCCUGCCCCUGCCACCACCUUUGCUCACUUGGAUGCCACCACUGUGUUGUCCCGUGCCAUCGCUGAGCUGGGCAUCUACCCUGCUGUUGACCCCCUGGACUCAACUUCCCGUAUCAUGGACCCCAACAUUGUUGGAGCCGAGCACUAUGAUGUUGCUCGUGGUGUGCAGAAAAUCCUUCAGGACUACAAAUCACUACAGGAUAUUAUUGCCAUCCUGGGUAUGGAUGAGUUGUCUGAGGAGGAUAAGCUGACUGUGGCUCGUGCCCGUAAGAUCCAGCGUUUCCUGUCUCAGCCCUUCCAAGUGGCCGAGGUCUUCACUGGCCACUUGGGCAAGCUGGUGCCCCUCAAGGAAACCAUCAAGGGCUUCAAGAGCAUCCUUGGUGGUGAGUAUGAUGCUCUGCCCGAGCAAGCCUUCUACAUGGUCGGUCCAAUUGAGGAGGUGGUUCAGAAAGCUGAGAAACUGGCUGAGGAGCACUCAUAAACAUCCAGACAACCUAACUGAAGGGAAGAGAGAAAAGUAGAAGCAGAGAGGCCCUGUGGUUAGGAGCACUUGGUUUGUAAAACAUGUCAAAAUGCAAAUGUACCUGUCUUGUCAUCCUGAAAAAGUUCUAUUUAAUGUUUCCAGUGAAAGAUGGAAUAAAACAGUCUUUACAUAAAACUCAUUGUUAACUGCAUAUUUUCUCAAUGGUAAUACAUGUAGUGGAAAAUCUUGUUCCUGGUAAAGGAGUUACAGAAAUUGCUGUCCUUCUCUACUUUGACCACAAGAUGGAGUUCUGGAGCUGCUAUGUUAAGCUAUUAACUGUGCUGCAGCUUGUCACAUGCUGAAAUAAAACAGUUGAACAAUUCUGA